CCACCCCCCCCUCCCUCCCGGGCGAGGGGCGGUGGCCGAGGCGUGAGCUCCACGGGAGGGACUCACGGACGGACGGGACAGAAGGACUGCCAGGCCAUGCCCGGGGAGGCAGCCCGCGCAGAGCGACUGCCGCCGCCGGAGGCAGGAGGCCCCGGGCCCCGCAAAGACCUGUCCUGCGACGCCGCCGAGGCCGCCAGCCCAAGAGGGGACCGGCUGGUGCCAUGCGCCCUGACUCCCGGACCCAGCGCCCUGGCCCUCGAGUUCCUGCCCAGCAAGCCGGGCGCCCGGCCCCCACCCGAGGGAGCCAGCUGGGAUGCAGGGCCCGGCCGGGCACCCUCACCCUGGGCAGCCCCCGAGGAGGGCAGCCCUAGCUCAGGGCCCCCCGAGGUCCAGCCCCCCGAAGGGCCUCUCCCAGCAGCCCUGGAGCCGCGGAUCGUGAUGGGGGAGGAGACCUGCCAGGUGCCCCUGCCGCCCCCCCGGGCAGCCCUGCCCCUGCCGCGGCCCAGGGACCAGGAGCAGCGGCCCCAGAGCCGGAGCCCGCCCACCGCGCUGUGUCCUCAGGGCGACCUUCCUGUGCCUUUCCCUGCCCCUGACCCCGACUCCUACUUCACGCCUCCCUCCACCCCCAGCGAGGCCCCCGCCCUGCUCCCGGGCCCCCGGCUCCGCCAGGACCGGGAGGGCCCCCAGGCCGAGCCUGAGGCCUCCGGGGACUCGCCGCCCGCCUCGCCCUCCGGCUCCUACGUCACCGCGGACGGGGACAGCUGGGCCUCGUCCCCGUCGGGCUCCCUCAGCCUGCUGGCCCCCUCGGAGGGGCUGGACGCGGCCUCGGACUGGGGCUCCCCCCCGCCAGAGUCGGAGGCCCACGAGUGGGCGCUGCCCCCCGGGGGGUCCCCGGGGCCACCGUCUCCAGAGUCCAGCCUCUCCACGGCCAGCAGCUCCUCCUGCGGCCAGGAGGCCCACUUCUUCGAGCUGGAUUUCCUGGCUGACGACCCGAUGGUCCCCGCCGCCCUCCUGCCGUUCCGGGGCAGCCUGAUCUUCCAGGUGGAGGCCGUGGAGGUGACGCCGCUGCCCCCGGGGCCGGGGCAGGAGGCCGCAGCCCCCGGCAGGGACCAGGCCGGCGAGGACGAGGACGCGGACGCCAGCAGCUUCACGUCCUCCCUGCAGUCCCUGUCCGACCUCUCCAUGGCCGAGGGCGUGGACGAGGCCUUCGCCUUCCAGGACGACGCCUCGGCCGCCUCCUCCGACCCCGACUCGGCCUCCUACGCGGGGGCGGAGGAUGAGCGGCUGUACAGUGGUGAGCCCCAUGCGCAGCCCGCCGCCCCGCCAGGCCCAGAGUCCGGCUGGGCAGCCCCCGCCGGGCUCCCCGGGGCAGCUCGGCCCCAGCGGCAGGACGCGGGGGCCGCCUCAGGCCCUGAGCCCAGCCCCAAGCGCUGGGCCCCGGGAGGGGAGGCGAGCCGGACGCCCCGCCGGGGGGCUCUGCAGGACCCGGAAGAGGACGCAGGCCAGGAGCCCCCACCCGAAGAGGCGGGCCGCACCCCACCUGAGGAUGCCGCCCCUGCAGCCACGUGCCUGCCCCGCCGGGAUGCGGCCAGCCCUCUCGCCCUGCAGACGGACACAGGCUGCGGCUCCGGGGCCCAGCCCCCGGGCACCGGGGCCCAGCAGGGGGGAGGCAGCACCUGUGGCCGGAAGCCAGACCUCGGGAAGGACACGGGCCACACGGGGGACCCAGGGCCCCGGGCCUUGGGCCCCACCCGACAGGGUUGUCCAGAGCCAGCUGCAGACGCCGGGAUGUGCUGGGCCCCACGUGGAGAUGUGUGCUCCCCCGAGACUGCCACGGAGGCCCCAGAUACCCCUGAACUCGCUUCAAAGACCCAGGACACCCCUGAACUGACCUCGGAGGCCCCGGAUACCCCUGAACUCGCUUCAAAGGCCCAGGAUACCCCUGAACUCACCUUGAAAGCUCUGGACACCCCUGAACUGACCUCAGAGGCCCAGGACACCUCUGAACUCCUCCUCUUGAAGGCCCAGGACACCCCUAAACUCACUUCAAAGGCCCAGGACACCCCUGAACUCACCUUGAAAGCUCUGGAUACUCCUGAACUGACCUCAGAGGCCCAGGACACCCCUGAACUCACCUUGAAAGCUCUGGACACCCCUGAACUGACCUUGGAGGCCCCGGAUACCCCUCAACUCCUCCUCUUGAAGGCCCAGGACACCCCUGAACUCACUUCAAAGGCCCAGGACAUGCCUGAACUCACCUUGAAAGCUCUAGAUACCCCUGACCUGACCUUGGAGGCCCAGGACACCCCUGAACUCACUUCAAAGGCCCUGGACACCCCAGAAUUCGCCAAGGAGGCCCUCAACACCCCCGAGCCGGCUGCGGAUAUCCAGGACCCCUCACAUCCCCCCAUGGAGACCCUUGACACCCCAGACUCCCCCAGCCCUACCGUGGAGGUUCUGGAUACUUCUGAGCCCUCGGCAAAGACCCCAGACCUCCCCAAUCCCACCUUGGAGCUCCCAGACACCGCUGAGCCUGCUGCGGAGAUCCAAGUCCCCCCGCAGUGCCCUAUGGAGGUCCUGGACCACCCGGACCUCCACAAGGAGGACUCGGGCUGCCCCAAGGUCACCUUGGAGACCCCAGAACCUUCACAUCUCCCCACAGAACCCGUGGACUCCCCCAAAGAGACCCUGGCUCCACCUGGGCCUCCCUCCAGGGGGGCCGAAGUAGCUGAAGGUCUGCUGGCCCCCCACGGAGAAGCCCCUCACGGGGCCCCCCUGCCUGUUGGUGAGGGGGCUGAGCCCCACUCACCCUCACAGGAGGCCCCAGGGGCGGAGGAACGGGGGCCCGGCAGCCUCAGGCCGCCCUCCCGUGGCCCUGGGCGGGCUCCUGGAAGCAGCGGCCCCCAGGCUGGCGCGGUGCACGCCCAGAGCCACGCAGGGACUGGGGGGGUCACGCCGGGGCCCAGGCCGCAGCCGGCUGUGGCCUCGGAGUCUCCAGCAGGGGCUGCGCCCAGGCUGGGCGGAGGCUGCCCCGAGGAGCCUGUGCCCCCAUCUGCACCGCGGCCCCCACGGCCGGAGCUGAGCCCGGGUGGGGACGAGCAGGCCCGGGCGGCCCCUGGGGCCCCCGGCCCCUCCCCACCGCAGCCGCGGGGCAGGCUCCGGAGCCCUGGGCCCCCCACUCCCGGCGCACUCACGGGGGCGGCCCCUCCCCCGGCAGCACCCUCCGUCCCCUGCCCUUGCCAGGGUCCCCGAGAGGGCUCGGGUGAGGACCAGGAGCCCCCCAGCUCUCCAGACCGCCUGCCACCCCAGGCAGGAGCCCCACGGGCAGUGGCCGCCUCCUCAGGAACCAGGAAGCCCCCCGGGGCUGGGCCACGGGUCAGCCUCCCGCCCCACGCCCCCCUCCUCAGCCCCUCGGCUGCCCCCGUGGGGGGCACCCAUACCAAAGACCCGGCCUUGUGGAUCCCACCCCCCUGCCAAGUGCCUCCUGGCUCUGGGCCCCGGAGCCCGGCCAGCCCUCAAGGGUCCCCGGCCACGGAGCAGCAGGAUGACCAAGACAGUCUGGAGGAAGAGUCGCCCCGGGCCCCAGGCCAGCCCUCGGACAGCCACGGGGAGUCGUCCGCCGAGCUGGAGGAGCAGGAGCCCCCAGGACCUCAGGCCGUGCAGGGCUCAGCCCAGGCCCCGGCCAGCGGCAGCGAGGAGACGUCGGCCAAAGCCAAGCAGAGCCGCAGCGAGAAGAAGGCCAGGAAGGCCAUGUCCAAGCUGGGCUUGCGGCAGAUCCAGGGCGUCACCAGGAUCACCAUCCAGAAGUCCAAGAACAUCCUCUUUGUCAUCGCCAAGCCCGAUGUCUUCAAGAGCCCGGCCUCGGACACCUACGUGGUCUUCGGGGAGGCCAAGAUCGAGGACCUGUCCCAGCAAGUGCACAGAGCAGCCGCCGAGAAGUUCAAGGUGCCCACGGAGCCCUCCGCCCUGGUCCCCGAGUCCGUGCCGGGGCCACGGGUGAGACCGGAGUGUGAGGAGGAGGAGGAGGGCGAGGAGGAGGAGGUGGACGAGGCGGGCCUGGAGCUGCGGGACAUUGAGCUGGUGAUGGCCCAGGCCAACGUGUCCCGGGCCAAGGCCGUGCGGGCCCUGCGGGACAACCAGAGCGACAUCGUCAACGCCAUCAUGGAGCUGACCAUGUAGCCACGGGCCAGUGCGCGGCCCCACCCCGACCCCAGCUCUGCCGCCCAGGGAAUGGGGGUUCCCUUCGCCUCUGCUCCUGCUGCAACCGCUCCCCAAGCGUAGCCUCUCGCCCAGCGGGGCGUGG